UCUUCCUAGCUCAUUCGUGUUAUUCAUUUUUUGUUUCUUCUUUUGAAGCUUGUUGAUUCCAUUAAAGAGAUGGAUCCCAGGUUGGUGAAGGCAGCGCUGAAUGGAAACACCAUUGAACUGCAGAAAUUACUUCAAGAGGACUCCCUCUUACUGGAGAGAGAUUCAGUAGCCUUGUACCCUGAAACUGCCCUUCACAUUGCAACCAUGGGUGGGCAGACAGAGUUUGUGAGGGAGCUACUGAAGCUUAAACCAGAUUUUGCCACCAGACUGAACAAGGACGGGUUUAGCGCAAUACACAUAGCCUCCGCCAAUGGUUUUGUGGAAACAGUGAGAGAGUUACUGAAGUUUAGCCGUGAGCUUGCCCAUCUCAAGAGCAGCGAUGGGAAGACUUCUCUUCAUUGUGCAGCUGUAACUGGGAGGGUUCGAGUCAUUGAGGAAGUGAUUGGCUUUUCUCCCGACUGUAUCGGAGACGUGACUCAAAGAGGCGAGACUGCGCUUCACCUAGCCGUGAAGUAUAACCAAUUUGAGGCCUUCAAAGCCAUGGUUGAUCUAUCGAAGCAGCUUAACAUAAAGGACAUUCACAUUCUGAAUGCUGGGGAUGAAGAUGGCAACACUGUAUUACACCUUGCAAUUGCAAGGAAGCAGAGUCAGACUGUGAAAUUGCUACUUGGUGGUGAUGGAAGCCAACAAGAAGCAGUCAGUGCGAAUGUAACCAACAAGAGUGGCUUCACUGCUUUGAAUGUGUCCGAUGUCAUACAGCAAAUGGUGGGUGAACCCACGGAUUUCAUAAUCAGGGAUUUGCUUCUGCGUGCAGGAGCCUUAAGAGGGUCAGAAGUUGAAGACGAGGAGACUACUCAAGUUCAUCACAGGCAGAUCUCGGUGACGACACUACCUCCCCAAACUCUCUGGCAGUUCUUAUUACAUGAUAUUUCACUUCUGAACCCUUGUAGGUUUUGGGAAAUGUUAGCAAAGGAAGUGAAAAAGUCAACCUCACAAACUCAAAAUGCUUUGCUGGUUGUGGCUGUACUUAUCGCAACUAUAACCUACCAAGCCAUACUAAAUCCUCCCAAUGGUAUUUAUAACGGCAAAGAUUACACUGCUGCUAAUAUAUCAGCCGAUUUACAAGAAUUUAUUCCAUUCAUGGUUCCCAACUCUAUUGGAUUUUUUGCAUCGCUUGCGGUGAUUAUUUUGGUUAUGGAUGAGUUUCCACUCAAAGCAUUGCUGGGGAUCGCUGUGCGUUGCAUGGCGGCAAGUUAUGUUUGCGGGCUUUUGGUGAUUGGACCUUCUGGUUUAAAUGCUUCACGCUGGGCUAUGACAAUAAUAGGAAUGAUGGUCUCCGUGGACUUACUUCGCUUCGGCUACUGGUUAGUCAAGAGAUGGUCCACAGAAAUUAGAAACAGAAGAAUCCAACAGCAGAGAACCUUUCGUGUGGUUUCACUUGCCAAUGGUGCUGUUGCAUCUACUGGUCAGGAAAGCCGUGAGCAUGCAUGAAUUAUGUUUGAUAGUUGGAAGUAUAUGUGAACUUGAAGAAAAUGGCCGGUCGUUGCUUUUAGUAUGUUGUGCUUGAAUGUGAUGUAGAAAUUUCAUAUUCUUAAUAUAUAGAAUAAACUUUAUACUGCGGCAUGUAAUUAUGAUGCUUCCUAUAU